AUGGUGUCAGCUCCAGUGUACGACAAAUCAGAUCCAAGAUCCGACAAGGUAUUCCCCUAUCAUCUUCCGCUUACUCCAGAAUGGUCAGAAUAUAAAGAUCCAUAUGGUCAGACAGCUAUGACAGCUGCUGGUGCGGGUAUGUUCGUGAAGCAACCUAUUAUCGUCUGGGGGGCGUUCAUCCUUGCCGUUAUAAGUCUAGUCAACUCUCAACCAUUACGACAAAGUAAAGAUUCGACUUCACCUUUAUUGACACUAGGAAUGGGAUUUGCAGGCGUGUUAGCCAACAUCAUGCCUAAGAUGAUGCUUGCUCCUCAAGGUCAGACGGACGUACCUACCCCAUCACCAUAA